UUGCAGAAACAGCCAAUGGGCGUCCGGGAGGCGGGGCAGCCGUGGGAGCUGCGGCGGGAACUGUCGCGAAUCCUGUGGAGGGUUACGCUCUGGAUCCAUGGAGCCAGCCCAGGGGCCGAGUACAGAUCUUGCUAAGUCCAUCAAACCUAUUGAUGGGAGAUCGGUCCAUCAGAUUUGUUCUGGACAAGUGGUGCUGAGUCUAAGCUCUGCUGUGAAAGAGUUGGUAGAAAAUAGUGUGGAUGCCGGUGCCACUAAUAUUGAUCUGAGGCUUAAAGACUAUGGGGUGGAUCUCAUUGAAGUUUCAGACAAUGGAUGCGGGGUAGAAGAAGAAAACUUUGAAGGCUUAACUCUGAAACAUCACACUUCUAAGAUUCAAGAGUUUGCUGACCUAACUCAGGUUGAAACUUUUGGCUUUCGGGGGGAAGCUCUGAGCUCGCUUUGUGCACUGAGUGAUGUCACUAUUUCCACUUGCCACUCUUCUGCGAAGGUUGGGACUCGACUGGUGUUUGAUCACAAUGGGAAAAUCAUCCAGAAAAGCCCCUGCCCACGGCCCAGAGGAACGACGGUCAGCGUGCACCAGUUAUUUUAUAGGCUGCCUGUGCGCCACAAGGAGUUUCAAAGGAAUAUUAAAAAGGAGUACGCCAAAAUGGUCCAGGUCUUCCAUGCGUACUGUAUCAUUUCAGUAGGCAUCCGUGUAAGUUGCACCAAUCAGGUUGGACAAGGAAAACGACAGCUUGUGGUUGGCACGAGCGGAAGCUCCAGCAUAAAGGAAAACAUUGGCUCUGUGUUUGGGCAGAAACAGUUGCAAAGCCUCAUUCCUUUUGUUCAGCUGCCCCCUAGUGACAGUGUCUGUGAAGAGUUCGGGCUGAGCUGCUCUGAUUCUCUUCAUAAUCUGUUUCGUAUCUCAGGUUUCAUUUCUCAUUGUACUCAUGGUGUUGGAAGGAGUUCAACAGACAGACAGUUUUUUUUUAUCAAUCGACGGCCUUGUGACCCAGCAAAGGUUUCCAGGCUUGUAAACGAGGUCUAUCAUAUGUAUAAUCGACAUCAAUACCCAUUUGUUGUUCUUAACAUUUCUGUUGAUUCAGAAUGUGUUGAUAUAAAUGUUACUCCGGAUAAAAGGCAAAUUUUACUACAAGAGGAGAAACUUUUGUUGGCAGUUUUAAAGACGUCUUUGAUGGGAAUGUUCGAUAACGAUGCCAACAAACUUAAUGUCAGUCAGCAGCCGCUGUUAGAUGUUGAAGGUAAGAAAAGUACAGGUCACUUCAUAAAAAUGCCUUUGGCAGAAGUGGAAAAGCCUCUGCCAGAGAAGGAGGGGAAUCCCUCUUCAUUCAGGACUCGAGGAGAAGAGAAAAGGGCUGUGACCAUUUCGAGACUGAGAGAGGCCUUUUCUCUGCAUCACACAGCAGAGAACAAGCCUCGGGGCCUGAAGUCUGCUGAGCUGAGAUGGGUUUCCCCGAGACAGAAAAGCGGCGUGCUGCCUCCCAGCCCUUCAGACCCCCUCCGCCCCGAGAAGCCCACCUUUGGCCCAGGCUCGUCGGGCCAUCCAGAAGAGGUAGUGAGGUCGGAUGAGGGCAGAGUGGAGGUGGAGAAGGAUUCGGGGUACAGCAGCACUCCAGCCAGCUCAGAGGAAGGGUUGAGCACCCCAGAAGUGGGCACUCACUCCAACAGUGACUGUGCAGCAAGCUCCCCAGAAGACAGGUUUUCACAAGAAAUCGUGGAGUCUCGUGAGAAGUUACCUGAAACUGACCACCGUUUCUCAGACACAAAAUGUGGUGUAGACCAAGAAGAUAAUAGAGGACAUACAGUUAGAGUUUUGCCCCAGCCAACUGAUCUCUCCGCCUCAAAAAGCAAGCGUUUUAAAAAAGAAGGAAUGCCUUUAAAUUCUGACAUCCCUCAAGAGUGGGUUAACACUCAGAAUGGGGCAGUGUCUCAGGUUGACAUCGCUAUUAAAAUUAAUAGGAAAAUAGUGCCCCUUGACUUUUCUAUGAGUUCUUUGGAGAAACGAAUAAAGCAGUUACGGCACCAAGAACAGCAAAGAGAAGGGGAACAGAAGUAUAGGAAGUUCAGGGCAAAGAUUUGCCCAGGAGAAAAUCAGGCAGCAGAAGAUGAACUAAGAAAAGAGAUAAGUAAAACGAUGUUUGCAGACAUGGAAAUCAUUGGCCAGUUUAACUUGGGAUUUAUAAUCACUAAACUGGACGCGGAUAUCUUCAUAGUGGACCAGCACGCCACGGACGAGAAGUACAACUUCGAGAUGUUACAGCAGCACACUGUUCUCCAGGGGCAGAGGCUUAUUGCACCUCAGACUCUAAACUUAACUGCCGUCAAUGAAGCUGUUCUGAUAGAAAAUCUGGAAAUAUUCAGAAAGAAUGGCUUUGAUUUUAUUAUCGAUGAAAGUGCUCCAGUCACUGAAAGGGCUAAAUUGAUUUCCUUGCCAACGAGUAAAAGCUGGACCUUUGGACCCCAGGACAUAGAUGAACUGAUCUUUAUGCUAAGUGACAGCCCUGGGGUUAUGUGCCGGCCUUCCCGCGUCAGGCAGAUGUUCGCCUCCAGAGCCUGUCGAAAGUCUGUGAUGAUCGGAACUGCUCUUAACACAAGUGAGAUGAAGAAACUCAUCACCCAUAUGGGUGAGAUGGACCAUCCCUGGAACUGUCCUCACGGAAGGCCGACCAUGAGACACAUUGCUAAUCUGGAUAUCAUUUCUCAAAACUGACAUUUCUCACGUUACAGAACUAUAAUUUUUAUUGCAGAUUUUUCUGUUUCGAAAGGGCAAGAUUUUAGCGUUUUUGUUUGUUUCAACAUUAACCUGCUGCUUAAAAAAAAAAAAAAAUUCCCAGAGCCAUUUAGAAGUGGUCUUUACAACCUUCUUGAACCAGAGGGAGCAUUGCUUGCAGUGUUUCUUGUUCUGCAUUUGAGUGUGUGUGUGUGUGUGUGUGUGUGUGUGUGUGUGUGUGUAUGUGUAUAGAGGCAAGAGCAGAUUUUAUAAAAAUAGGAAGAACACUUUGGAAGUUACUCGGGCUGCUGCUCUGGCCCAGCAUAUUUUAGGCUGCAAGUCUAAGUCCAUAACGAUGAUUAAAUUCAUAAUGUUUCAUUUCAUAAAUUUAAAAUAUGGUUCUUUAGUGUUAGUGGUUCAAAACCCUGAUACACAUUAAAUGUAAAGAAAAGGAAUAAUCCAGAAAAUCCAAUGGGGAUUCUCUGCCUGGCUGGAAGGAAACGACCAGUGUGCUGGGGUCACAACUUUAAACGUUCCCCGGGGCAGCCAGGGCGGCAAGGCGCUAUUGUAGGCAAGGGGAAAUAAAAGGUUUAGAUUUGUCUGUAACUGU